GUUGCCUCCAACUCAUAUCAUGUCCACCCAGCCACUUUCCUCUCAUGUAGGAGUCAUUGUGAAUCCGUCUGCGCGCCGCGUUGCCUGCGACCAGUGUCACACACAAAAGCUGCGGUGCACCAAGCUGGAGGACCGUACAGUGUGCGUUCGAUGCCACCGCCUGAACCGGCAAUGCAUCUGGAGUCCUCCAUCACGGAGCGGUCGUCCAGCAAGGAUUACUGCCGAGCCUGAACCUAAUGCGUGGGCGAAACGUCGCAAACGAGCAUCUAAUAUAUCAGAAAUGACACCAGAAGAGAACGGUCGCUCGGCUCCUCCUCCUCCUCCUCCUCCUCCUCCUCCUCCUGCUGCUGCUGCUGCUGCUGCUGCUGCUACUGUCGGGAUAGCAGGGGUACCGCCGCCAUCAGGACCACCAUCCAUUGCUGAAUGGAACAUGUUCGAUAUCUUCAGCUUCGCAAGCUCUCAUGAUAGCUCGCAGGAGAAUGCCAUUCCUCCUUUAUGGACUCCGGACAGUGUUGUUCCUCCGAUGCCCAGUUUAACUGACUUUCUUCAACUGCCUGCCCAUGGAUUAGCAGGCCUGGGCACUCAACCCGGGAUCCGCGAAGAUAGGAGUGUACCCUCUGGUUUAGACUCUCUGUGCGACAUCACCCGAGAGAUCUCCGACGUCAACCUGUCGCUAUUGGACCUCGAACAGUCUCUCCACGCCGAGCCAUGGGGUCCGAUGCUUGCGUCCCCAGCCGCCGUGAUCACCAAACUAAGCACCUGUGGCGGUAGUGACCUGCCAGACGACACGCUCGCUCGCGAGUAUCCAUUGAUCAAAAUAUUCAAGCAAACACAACGUUUCAUCGACAUUGCAAAGCAAGCAAACGUUUAUUUCGCAUCACUGCCCGUCCCGUCUGUGUCAGCGACGACCUCGUCCUCCAUAGGCCAGGAACCGUCACACCCAGACAGCGACGACACCUCAAGCCAGGGGUCAUCACCUAUCUCCCCACCAGUGGGCGGGUAUCUUCCUCACUCUGCGUCUCCUACCACCACCACGACCCGAGAAGUCCGACCAGCCUACACAGCAAGCAACCGCGAUUCACCCACGGCGCUUCUCUUCAGUGCUGGCUACGCGCGGAUUCUCGACAUUUACCUGACCGUCCUGACACAGACGUCGCAUUUCGUCCACGCACUCUCCGUACAGUCGAGGUCCGGGGGCCCGGACUAUCGCCAAAAAAUGCACCCCGUUAUCCCGCAGUUGCAGUGGGGUGGAUUCCAACCUGCCAGCUACGGUGCCUUACAGAUCUUGAUGAUCAUCCAGGUCAUAUCCCAUCUUCUCACCGAAAUUGAGCGCGCCCUUGGUGUCGACGAGUGGGAACGUGGCCUGGUGAUGCGCGCGCAAUCCCGGUCUGAAGAGAGAUCCUCCUCUCACCCUCAGAUGCAUGGGCAGUCCCAUCAGAGGGAUGAUAUCGAGGAAAUCUGUGUUUCUGGAGCUGGAAGGGGAUUGCUCACCCCUGCUAUGAUUGAGCUUGUCAUUCAAGGGGAGGAGUCAGGAAACAAUAAGCGCCGAACGGGGAAGAUUGGGGUUUUGCGGAGAGAACUCCGACAGCUGAAGAAGGAGCUUGAGAAGAAUAUGCAUUUUUAG